GCCAACUUCACUCCACUAUUUGAGUAUUGGACCAAGUACCUCUGCCUGUUUAUUGCUCUGGAGACGGGCCUAGCGACUGGACAGACAGCAGAUGAUGGCAGAAGCUCAACCAAAAGGUAUUCUCAAGAACAAAGAUGAAGCGCCAGCUGUGACGCAGGUGGAAGCAUCAGCCAACGCCAUCCAGCACAACACCCUCGCGAAUGCGAAACCAAGCCAUGCAGGCACUGCUCAGCCCAUGAGUGGCCUGGAAGGACAAACUGGACCAGGUCAGCGGCUGAAGUGGGAUGAAGCCAACCUGUACCUCACUGAACAAGAAAAGAAUUCUACCAUGAAAAUCACAGAACCCAAAACACCGUACGCGCCUCAUUAUGAUCCUGCGCAGGAUGCAGAGGAGAUGAGGCAUCUGGAUGGCAUGGACUUGGAUGCCAAUGAAGGUCAUUCAUCAGGACAGCCGGGAAACAGCCGUGUGGAGGAUAUUCCAUCACUGGACAUUGGUGCACCAGAGCAAGAGAUGGAUCUCGAUGUGCCUGCUUCCAAGGUCAACGGAGCAGAGUUUCUCAGUCGAUCAAAUUCAGGCACCACGCGGCAUGUUCAAGUGUCUCCUGCUGCAGAGGUGAUGGAUGAUGAAGCCGAGGAGGCAGGAGAGACGAGGACGCCCGAGGAGGAAGAGAAGCACAGGCAAUUUGAAAAGAUGCGCAAGGAACACUAUGGUAAUGCUGCAGCUGCUCUGAGAAGGCCCUCAAUGGAUGUGGAUGAGGAGGAAGAGGACGACGAAUGACACAUGCGCUACAGCACUAAUCCAAUUUGUAUCAUACCCCAAUGCUCAUGACCUUAGCGUUGCCGCUUGAGCUUGUCCAUCAACGCUUUGCUCCGUGUCCUUGACUCUUUGCUCAAUGUCGAAUUUUUGCUCUUGUUGACUUCGAUGUACGACAUGGUAUCGCCACCUGCCAAUGAACUCAACGUGCCAGUCGUCCGCUUCACCUUGGCAGCAGGUCUGCCACUCCCACUCGCACCUGGUUGUGCCUGGCCAAACAGGCUGUCACCCGGCUCAGCGAUAUCC